AUGGGAUCCGAGCUUGUUGCAUAUGUUAUUGUGGAACGUGUGCAUGACAAACCAUUGACUCGCCUCACCAAUGUCAAAUAUGAUUUCAAAAAAGCAUACGGGUUGCAAAUUAGUUGCCAUGUAGCUUGGUUGGGGGUUGAAAAGGCCAGAGGAGAACUUUAUGGCGAUCAUUCCGUGUCAUUUGACCAGUUGCAUUGGUACAGCGAUGCCGUUAUGGAAUAUAACCCCAGAAGUUAUAUUAAUCUUGACUUUGAUGAACACAACACACGUCUUUUUAAUAGGCUGUUCAUAUCAUUCAAAGCAUGCAUGGAUGGGUUUAACCACUGUUGUCCGUUAUUGUUUCUCGAUGGUACUUUUUUGAAAGGUAGAUUUAAAGGCAACCUGCUUGUGGUUACCGGAAAAGAUGGUAACCUAGGUCUAUUCCCGGUGGCAUUUGCAAUUGUUGAUUCUGAAAAUGCAGCAAAUUGGGCUUGGUUCUUACAAAAUCUAGCUAAUGUAGUUGAUAGGGAUCGAAACUUGACAUUUGUUUCCGAUCGGCACGUCGGUAUCAUCGAAUCUUUGCCUACUAUUUUCCAAUCUGCCCACCACGCUUUUUGUAUGCAACAUUUACAGAGGAAUUUGAAGGACAAUAUGAAGUAUGUGAACAAAUUGUAUCGUAUUGGGUUGGUAAGUAAAUUGCGGGAAUGUGCAUACGCACCAACCGUUGCUGACUUUAAUGAAAAAAUAGAGGCGUUCAUAUAG